GCCACUUCGACCCACUGCUGCUGAGCCACCUCAUGUACGAGGGCUUCCUGCCCAUCGCCUCCGACUUCCAGGACCAGUGCUUCCUGCUGCCCAAGCUGCACCGCCAGCGCUGCGUGCUGCUGCUCAACGCGAUGCAGCCCGAGCACGUGCCCAAGGUCGUGCGCAAGCGCGCCAAGAAGUACAAGCUCGUACUUAACCGCGACUUCGACGGCGUCGUGGCCGGCUGCCACGAGAAGCACGGCAUCCCGUGGCUCUACCCGCCCAUCGUCGAGAGCUUCAAGACGCUGUUUCAAGCUGGGGGCGACGGCGUAGAGCUCUUUCCCGGGCGCAAGGUCAGGUUCUUUACUGUGGAGCUGUACGACGUCGCCACGGAUUCGCUCGUGGCCGGAGAGCUCGGCUACACGGUGGGCAGCGUCUACACUAGUCUGACGGGCUUCAGCAAGGCCAAUGGAGCGGGCACAGUGCAGCUGCACGCUCUGAGCAAGCUGCUGUAUCUCGCAGGGUUCAAAAUGUGGGAUCUAGGCAUGUCCAUGGACUACAAGAUGGGGCUGGGCGCUAAGGAUCUGGAGCGCGACGACUUUCUUGAGCAGCUCUACAAGUUCCGUCCAGAAGAGGCGCUGAUGAAGCUGGAUGAGAGCAAGAAGGAGGGAGACGUCCGUCGAGGGGUGGUGGUCAAGGAGCUCUUUGACAACACGAGACUCCCGACGGGAAGCGUUGAGGAGGGCAACGAGGAGAAGGAAAAGACGGCGGGCGACAAGAAAGAUGACACGGACACAAGUGAGAGGAAGAAGGAUGCGAAAGAGCACGAUAAGGAGAAUACCGACGGGGCGGUAGAAGAGAAGCGGGAAGCUGGUGCCAAGCGGAAACUCUCGUCCGAUGAAGAGCAGCAGGGCGAGGAGAAGAAGGGCAAGUCUGAAGCUGACGCUCAGGUCAAGGAGAAAGAUGUGGUGUAUGACCAUAGCUCCAGCACAACUGAGCUGAGCUAG